AUGCGUCUGAACAACGACUGUGAAAAGUUGACGUGCAAUGUGUUUGACAAGGAAAAAUACGUGCUGCACAUUCGCAAAUUGCAGCAGUCACUGCAGCAUGGAUUGGUUCUCACCAAGGUGCACCGAGUCAUUGAGUUCAAGCAAAGUGCUUGGCUGAAACCCUACAUUGAAAUGAACACAAAGCUGCGAAAGGAUGCUGCAAAUGACUUUAAGAAAGACUUUUUUAAGCUGAUGAAUAAUAGCGUCUUUGGCAAGACCAUGGAGAACGUUCGCAAGCAUCGUGACAUCAAACUGGUGACAACGGAAUGGAGGCGCAAGAAGCUCGCAUCAGCUCCAAACUAUCACAGCACAUCAAGAUUUGACAAGAAAUUUGUGGCAAUGGAAAUGAACAAAGUGAAGUUCGUCAUGAACAAACCUGUCUACCUCGGCCUCUCCAUCUUGGACUUGAGCAAACCCACGAUGUAUGAGUUCCACUAUGACUACAUCAAGCCGAAGUUUGGUGCAGGCGCAGAGCUUUGCUACAUGGACACAGAUAGUUUCGUCUACCACAUCAAAACAGACGAUGUCUAUAAAGAUAUCGCAGGUGACGUUGAAUCAAGGUUUGACACAUCAAAUUACAGUCCCGAAGACAAACGUCCCUUGCCCAUUGGCAAAAACAAGAAAAAAUUGUGCUUAAUAAAGGAUGAACUUGGUGGCAAAAUCAUGAUCGAAUUUGUUGCAUUGAGGUCAAAAAUGUAUGCGUACAAGACACUCGAAGGACACGUGCAAAAGAAGGCAAAAGGUACAAAAAAGUGUGUCGUCAGGAAACAGAUCACGUUCGCAAACUAUUUAAACAGCCUGCAGACCAGUCAAAAUUUGUAUCGCACGCAACUGACAUUUACCAGUCGAAAACACGAGAUUUUCACCGAAAACCUGAACAAAAUUGCGCUGAGUGUUGAUGAUGACAAGCGACUUCAAGCUCAAGGUGGGUUCACCUUUGCACAUGGAAGCAGUCCUGGAGCGGUUUGA